AUGGGCCCCGUAUCUCGCGCGAAGAGGAACUACGACAGGAACGACGAGAGCAGGAAAAGAUUCGCGAGGAAGAAGUUCUUCGCCAAUCCCGCAUUCGCGCGGCCGCGGCCCGGGAGAGGAAGCGCGCGGGAGGAAGAGAUUCGCCUGGAGAAGAAGCGCAAGGGUAUGCCGACGGUUGAUCCUCGCGCCAGCCAAAACACCAUUUCCUGGUUCGCGCGGAAGCCGGCUGCGAAACCGGAGCCUGUUUUGGAAAAACUCGUAGAGGAACCGGAGGACGAUGAUGUCGCGCUACCGGAACUGCGAGGAGCAGAACCCCGAGGCCGCCGGAGACGACUGUCCCGGGUAUAG